UUUGAUAUCGGAGCAUUGAAAUUUAAGCUGGAGAGCUUUGCUGAGAACGUCGACAGCAAAUUUCAAGCUCUUACAAAAGAAGUGGCUGACAUUAAAGAAAAUAAAGUUUAUUCGAUUAUAAUUCUCGAGAACACUGUCCAUGAAUUAAAGAAAGAGAAAUAUGACCUAAUCAAAGCUAACAACGACUUAAGAGAGAAAAACGAAGUAUUACAUCAAAAAAUUUCGGAUUUUAAUUCGACAGUACAAAGAUUGGAAGAUGAGAAGCAGAGUCUAAUCACAACCCUAAAGGUAGUUCAAAAGGAAACUCAAACUGUUCAGCCGGAUUUAAAUGACAGAAUGCAAAACCUUGAAAACGAAAAUAAGAGCUUAUCAACGGCAUUAACACUCUUGCAACACGAAUUAGAUAAUACUCAACAACAUAAAUGGAAAGUUGUAAAGACGAAGUGUAAUAAACCACCUCCAGAGACCCCAGCAGGAUCAAAUACUAUUGAAACAAAAAAUCAAUAUACAACCCUUAGGGUCACUGAUUCUGAACAUGACGAUAUUCCAGCAAGACUGAAUACCCAACAGAUUCUAGAUGAAACUUCGAAUACAACCAAACACAGCAACAUACAGAUGGUUGGAAAAAGCAGUGGUCCAUCAAAUUCUAAUGAGUCAAGUCGUGACUCACAACGUAGUCAACCUAGAAUAGCUAUCCUCGGAGAUUCGAUGAUUAAACAUUUGGACACCAAACGAAUGCAGAAUGAUUGA